AUGUGCCUACCAGGAAAGAAUCAGUGUCCGGAAAAGUCGGUGUGCUACUUCAAUGGCUUGGACUUCUUCUGUUGUCCUAAUUCGGAGGAUCCUUACGAUAAGCACGUUUUUGGAGGAUAUGACGGAGAGGAGACGAAACACGGCUACAAAGUGUUUGGACCGCUGAAUAUUCGUCGAUUAAUGGAUGAUGUCCCGCUUCGAGUUCGACGACAAGCUCUUAGGAAUAGACAAAGGCGUCAGACAUCAAUGGAUACUGCAUUCAACACAGCUCCUGCCUCCUUCAACAUGGACUCAAUAACGGCUCCACUGCGAUUCGAUGACGAAAAGCCUCGUACCGUUUCCCGAGCACAACGAAUGCGUAAACCCACACCACCCAAUCAUGGCAACCCAAUUUGUAUUGAACCUUUAGCAAGAGGAGACUGUGAUGCCGCUCACAUGAGAUACUUCUAUGACCGAGAAUCAGAUAGCUGCCGACUGUUCUAUUACACCGGCUGCAAAGGAAACAACAACAACUUUGGAAGCCUACUUGAUUGUCAAAGAUUAUGCGUUCUUGGAGGACAACGGCCGCGACCAAAAAAGCCCACACCUGCGCCACUCUUGCCUGGACAAUGUCCGGAUGGUAAAUCGCCACUUGGCGGUACAGCUCCAGUACUAUGUGGAAAUUCAACUGAUUCUAUCGGUUGCCCUGUUGGUUAUUUCUGCCUCGCGGGACCCCCAGAUGUCUGCUGCCCUAAUGCCAGUGCGCCAAAGAAAGAAGAGAAAACUCCGAUUCGAUUUGCUCCGGAACUGCCGGGAGUACCCCGAGCUCGAAUGUGUUGUCCGUUAUAUGGAGCUGCUGAACGAAUUCCAAAUGAAUCAGUGAUCGCUCCUUAUUUUGGACGUAGGCCAUCCAAUCCUGGUGAGGUACUUGAACGUGGUUCACUUCCAUCAGACCAAAUCGAGUUUGCAAAUAGAGCACAAGGCAAAUCUUUGGAACAUCUUCCCGAGGAGGGCGAAGUUGCUCGACCGCGGAAGCCGGUUGCCGAAGUGACGACAGCCACUGUAGAAUAUGGUUCGCAUGAAUCUAACGAAAUGGACGAAGAGGAGGAGGAAGAAUCUAUGGCUCAUUUGAUGCUGAAACCAGCCGAACCACCCUUGCAAGGUGCCUUUAUAGAGUAA